GCACAUGCGCUGUGUGAGGCGGGGUGUGGUCCUCGAAUGUGGUGGUGGCUCGCCGCCAUGGAGCUGCUUCGGCCGAGCUGGGCUCCGCGUCUCUCGGCGCUGCUGGUGCUCGCGCUGCUUCCCCGGGGAGCGCUGGGUAAUUGUGGUGCCCCACCAAGGCUAAGCUUUGCUGAGCUGCGGGAUGAGUUUAAGACCCAGACAAACUUUACAGUUGGGACCACAGUGAGAUACAGCUGCCGCUCAGGAUACCAAAAAGUCCCUGGAGAGUCACCCACUCUUACUUGUGAAAAUGAAUCCGUGUGGUCAGAACCCAAAGAGUUUUGUCGAGGGAAAUCAUGUGGACAUCCAGGAGACCUAGCUAAUGGCAAGGUUCAUAUCACAGAUCUCCUCUUUGGUUCGAGCGUUACAUUUUCUUGUGACGAAGGGUUCAGAUUAGUUGGACAGAAAACUAGUCAGUGUGUGAUUGAUGGAACCGGGGUUACAUGGAGUCAUGAAAUUCCAUUAUGUGAAAAAAUUCCAUGUCUUCCACCUCCAGAAAUCGACAAUGGGAAGUACUUGGGUGACCCUAAUAGUCACUACACCUAUGGAUCAACAGUCACUUACAGCUGUAACGCUGUACCAAGAGGCACAGACUCUUUCUCACUUAUUGGAGAGGCAUCUAUUCAUUGUACAUCUGAUGAAGAGCAAAAUGGAGUUUGGAGUGGAGAGCCCCCUGAGUGCAAAGUGGUCAAGUGCAGCAAUGUAGAAGUUAAAAAUGGGAGAAAACAAAGUGGAUUUGGUCCUUCCUAUACAUAUAAAGACGCCAUUACAUUUGGAUGUGAUGCUGACUACUUCUUGGUUGGCAGUAAUGUGAUUAUAUGCCAAGCGAAUGGUUCAUGGACUCCUGCAAUACCAACUUGUGAAGAAAUACCUCCAAGUGUAUGUGGCACUCCACCAUUCUCAAAUGGAAAAAUAUUUCCAUCAAAACCUCGAUAUGUCACUGGAGAUCGUAUUACCUUGACAUGUGAGGCGAAUUAUGUCUUGUCUGAUGGUGCAAAAUCAAUGACUGUUCACUGCAAAGAAAACAACGUGUGGGAUCCUCCUGUACAAACUUGUCAACAUGUUUGUCCAGACCUGCUCAUACCUCAUGGAACAGUGAAGUCUGGAGCAAAACUUCUUUAUGUUGUUGGAGAUCAUGUUACAAUUGAAUGUUCUACGUUCCAUGCAAUGCAUGGUGAACCUAAUAUUCAGUGCACUGAUGAAUUUCAGUGGAAGCCUGCAAUUCCAGAAUGUAAACUACGUGUGUACAUCAUUAUCAUCAUUAUUAUUGUAAUUGUAAUCGGAGCGAUUCUGGCUGUUUGGAUGUAUAAGAAAUUUUUUUCACAGAAAGGCACAUACGAAACCGAUGAAAACGGCAAAGAAGCAUGCAUUUUAAAUGUUAAAGUACCAGAUGAAAAUGAAGCAUCUGCAUUGAAGAAUUAAUUGAAACAUGAAAAGGAAACAUGUCUCCGCUUCACCUACUGCCCAAUACACCUUGUGUAAAACCUGGUUGGCAGGGAAGGGGCAGUGGUGAAAGAAGUCUCACAGAUGGAGAAAGGACUGCAUUUGCACUAUUUCUAAUGGAAUAUUUAGCCCCUACUUUCACCAGAAUUGAAGAUGCUUAUAACAGUCAAUCACAAAAGGAGAAGAAAAUUAAGACAAAAGCAUCUACUGCAUCUUUACCAAGGCACAAAGCCAGAACGUGUACCAGUGCUGUCUCUUUUAGCUCACUUGCCUGUGUCUGAAAUUAACUUACAAAAAGCUUCAUGCCCAUAGCCAUCUCCCAGCAGCCUGGAACACUAAACCUGUGCCUUCAGGCCACCUGCUGCCUUUUGCUUGCUUCCAGAAGAGACUAUGCAAUGACAGAGUGCUUUGUAGGUUCUU